AUGUCGCCCGCAAUCGCAGUGGCCAACGGCGAGCACAGCCAUGUUCGCUUCAUCCCCCUGAGCUAUGACCAAGCCAACUCGAGGGACUCAGCCCUCAGACUCCUCCUCACUCUUGUGCCUCAGUGGACAAUGGACGAGCCUCACAUCGAGUUCGCCCGCUUCACCGAUGGCAUCACAAACACCCUGCUCAAGGCCGAGAACCGACGGCCCGGCCUUUCCCAGACGGACAUUGACCGUGAAGCCAUCCUGCUCCGUGCCUACGGCAACGGCAGCGAUGUGCUUAUUGAUCGCGAGCGCGAAGCUGCCAACCAUGAGCUCCUCAUGAAACACGGUCUGGCCCCCCAACUGCUGGCCCGCUUCGCCAACGGAAUGCUCUAUCGUUUUGUGCCUGGCGAGGUGGCUCAGCCCAAGGACCUCGCCAAUCCCGAGAUCCUGACUGCCGUGGCCAGGCACCUGGCGCAGUGGCAUGCCAUCGUCCCCUGCCUGUCGGACGCGGCCAUCCGGGGCGACGAGACAAGCAACGGCUCCACCCACAUGAGCGGCGACAAGGCCAAGAUUGCGAACGCUGCGCCAGGAAAGCCGUUUCCAAACGUAUGGACGACGAUGCAGAAAUGGAUUUUGGCGCUGCCCACCGAGACGGCAACCUUGCGCGAACGGCGGGACUCGUUGCAGAGAGAGCUCGAUGAGAUGAUCCAGAACCUCAGUCAGCGGGCUGGCUUUGGCCCCAACGGGCUGGUAUUCGCCCAUUGUGACCUGCUCAGCGCCAAUGUCAUCAUUCACCGGGAUGAAGGCGCUGCGACAUCCGUCAGCUUCAUCGACUACGAAUACGGCACGCCGUCUCCCGUUGCCUUUGACGUGGCCAACCACUUUGCAGAAUGGGCCGGUUACGAUUGUGACUACUCAGCAGUCCCGACGCAGGCGCAGCGACAGGUCUUUAUCCGUGAAUACAUCAAGUCGUACGCUGGACUCUCGGGUGUCGCAAUGGACGAGGAAAAGGAGACGCGGAAACUCAUGCACGAGGUGGAUGUGUUUCGUGGGGUUCCUGGCUUCUACUGGGGCAUCUGGUCUCUGAUUCAAGCCACGAUUUCGCACAUCAACUUCGACUACGCCACGUACGCCGAGAAGCGGCUCGGCGAACACUGGGCCUACAAGGCAGAAGAGGACGGCAGCCGUGAGGCAGCGGGCAAGGAUAUGCCGCUGAGAGAAAGGACGUGGGCACGCCGUGGCUGA